ACUCAAUCCCGCGAAUAACGUUUUCACUACGGUUGGCUACAAGCUUAACUGAACAUGAUGUAGAUUAUCGAUAGUUUGGUAUCUCUGGGGUAAGAUCGCUUAUGCGCGUGUGAUAGAGGCCGUCACUUGUUAUCUGGACCAACGAACCGGAGGAGUAGCUAUAUAUCCGUCUCUUGUCUUGCAACUGUUUGAAUGAAGCAUUAACUUCUCACUGGUCAUUCAACUCCCCUGCCUAACAACUCGAGAUGACUUUCAAGAACAUGAUCCGCAACUCUCCACUCGCAGGCUAUGGAAAGGCCAUACGCGAAGCACCCCGCGAGGUCAUCUUCAAUCCACAUCUCCUGCUAUCAUCAUUCAUCUAUGCCUUUGGUGGAUUUCCCGUCAUUUGGGAUCAGGGUGCAUCAUCGGUCAUACCCUCCCUUCCUGGCUUUCAGAACCAUUUCAAGAUCAUCUCCGGAUCAAACGCCGAUGAGAUUCGAGUCUUCGUGUCCAUCGUUUACGUUGGAUUCGGAGUUGGCUCUGCUCUUACUUUCUUCAUCAAUGACCGAAUUGGGAGACUCUGGUCCUAUCGCCUCUAUACCCUCAUCUACUGCAUUGGUACUCUCAUGGCCAUCUUUUCUCUGAACCUCAAUGUCCUUUACGCUGCUCGUGUCAUCCAAGGACUAGGCCUGGGACCAUUGACAGUUACGUGCCCCAUGUCCAUCGUUGAGAUCGCUCCAGCAGAGAUUCGAGGUCUUCUCGCAGCAUGGUUCACUCUAUUGAUGGGCCUUGGCUUGUUCACAGCAGUGUUCUGCACUCUUGGAGUCUACCGCCAUGUACCCGUGGGCAAUCUCCAGUUCCAAAUCGUCUGGUUAACACCCAUGAUCCUCAUGGGACUCUGUAUGAUUGCUACUUUCUUUAUCCAGGAGUCACCUCGCUGGUUGUUCAUGACUCAGCGUAGGCAAGAGGCUAUCGAUACCCUCGUCAGAACCCGAGGCUUGCCAGCUGAUAACGCUCGUGUGGAACAUGAGAUCCGGGAUAUCGAAGACGAUAUCAACAGAACUGCUGAAGCGGUCGGAAACUCAAGCUUGUGGACAAUUGCAAAGGAAACUUUUACUAUCACAUCCAACCUGCGCCGGGUUCAACAAAGCCUUGUCUGCUACGCGCUUGCACAACUAUCCGGGGCUAAUCUCAUUACUUCUUACUUCGUCCCCAUCCUUGCCAUCGUGGGCGUUGGUGGUGACACAGCCCAUAGCAUGUUCCUCAGCGGCAUGUACGGUGUUUCCAAGUUUUUCUUCAUCCUUAUCGCCACAUUCUUCUUCAUCGACGCUCUUGGUCGACGCAAGUCUCUUUUUAUCGGCGCUGGUUUGCAGAUGGUAACUCAUAUAUAUCUUGCUGUGUAUGUCAGGACUUCGCAGAAAGGUCCUGUCUCUGAAGCAGCUUCGAACGCAGCUAUUGCAGCACUUUUCAUCCACGCUUUUGGAUAUGGAGUUGGCCUAUUCAUUCUCCCUUAUGUGUUUGGCAGUGAGCUGUGGCCCAACCGGAUUCGAUCUUUCGGCAGCGCUCUCAGCCAAGCUUUCCACUGGCUGUUCAUUUACGCGAUGCAGUACAGCAUGCCAUCUAUCCUCUCAAGCUUCCAUCAGUGGGGCGCUUUCAUCUUUUUUGGUGCCUGGUGCGCUGUUGCGAUUGUUUACACCUAUCUCAUGAUCCCAGAAAUUUCUGGCCUCAGUGUCGAAGAAAUCGAGGACCUCUUCCGUGGUCCGUGGUUCAAUGCUCACAAGCGUACGAAGCAGACGGUCGUGCAGGGCGUGAUUGAGAAUGGUAAGGAGGACUUCGGUGAUAUUAUGGACGAUAAGAUGAAGAGCUAUGACGCCAACGAGAAGGAUGUCUCGAGGGUAGUGUAUGGUCAUGCUAUGGAAGUGUGAAGCUUAGCCUUUUAUGGAAGUCUGGAGAUACGGAUACAGGUGAUCGUGGUUAGCUUCUGUCUUGUAUUCGUUAGUGUUGGAGUAGUUCUAUGUGAUCAACUGUUUUCGAUUCGUAUCAUCAAAUUCAUUAACUGC